AGGGCUUUCGAGGCUAGGUCAGGUUUCCGAGGUGUUCAUCGCAGGUGUUUAGCUAAUGAUUUAAUCAGACAAUCUGUUUUUUCCUGAUAAUCAUGAUGGAUGAUGAAUCCAGAUCCGUCCAUGAGCAAAGGUUUGAUGCUGCGGUCAAAGUGAUCCAAAGUUUACCUGCAAAUGGUUCCUUUCAGCCGUCCAAUGAAAUGAUGCUGAAAUUCUACAGCUACUACAAGCAGGCGACUCUGGGCCCGUGCAACAUUCCCCGCCCGGGCUUCUGGGAUCCCGUCGGCAAAGUCAAAUGGGAUGCAUGGCACUCACUGGGAGAUAUGCCAAAGGAAGACGCCAUGACGGCGUACGUGGAUGACCUCAAACUGAUUCUUGAAAGCAUGCCCAUGACCGAGCAGGUGGAACAGCUUCUGCAGGUCCUCGGGCCGUUCUACGAGCUCGUAGAUGGGAAGAAGAAGAUCAGCCAAGUUUCAGACCUGACCGUAGGCCUCGGCAACAUGAUGUCGGCACCACCAAAGAGCGUCACAAAAAGCGUCAUCAGGACCAUGGAGAUGAACGGCACCUUGGACGGCUACGGUCCUAAAAAAGCAGACGCUCCGACGAUCAAGGAGAAAGAGAAGGAAGACGAGGAUGAUGAUGAUGAUGAUGAUGAUGAUGACAGUGGAGAUGAGAAUGAAGAGGAAGACCAGAGUGAACAGCUGCAAAAAGUUUCCGCGCUGAAGAAAAAGUCCUCAGCGGAAAAAGGACUUGCGAACGGUAGGAUCGAGCAGAAGGGGUCUCCCGUGACGAACGGCACACCCUGCUCUAAAUCCGACCUGAACGGGAAAGACGCGGAGGAGAACGACGGAGAGAUACGACACGUUAACGGGCACGCUACAGAUGAUGAUGAAGACGUGCUCAGCGCUCAUCACGUGGCCUCAGACUCCGACAGUGAGGUUUACUGCGACUCUGUGGACCAGUUUGGUGCGGAGGAGCAGAGCGGUGAUUAUCACGUGAUCCUCCCUCAGGAGAAAAGCCACAGCACUCAGGAGAAGCUGCACUCUUCAGAAAUCGGCUCUGAAACCCUGAUGAGAGAACAGGAUGGCGUUCAGCACGGAGGAGAAGACGGGAAGAAAAAUGGAGGAGGAGGAGGAGGAGUGCAGAGAACCAGCCUGAGCAUGGGCAGACACGGCAGCUCUCUGAUCAGGAGAGGACGAGGGUCUAGGACUUCAGAGUCAGGGGUCACAGGGUCAUUACAGGGUGCAGGAGGUGCCGGGGAGCGCCGGGGGUCUGAUGGAGCUGGUGGUGGAGAUCUGAACGAGCAGAUCGUCGUGGUUUUAACGCGACUCCAGGAGGACAUGCAGAGCGUACUCGAGAGACUGCACACACUCGAGGCUCUUACAGCUUCACAGGCGAGAUCAGCAGCCUUGCCCUCAGAAUAUCUGCUUCCUCCAGCCAGCAGGACUCGUAGGAAGCCGUCCUGGUGGCCGUUUGACGUCUCCCCAGGCACCGUGGCCUUCGCCCUCGUCUGGCCCUUCAUCGCACAGUGGCUCAUUCGCAUGUAUUUCCAGAGGUGGAGAAGAAGACUCCGCUGAGACGCGGUGGACGCCGGGUGCAUGCGGUGCGGACGCCGGGGUCCCCUGUCGCGUCCCGUCUUUUCUAACUCUCGCUUUUGCACUACGAUGAAGACGCUGAGAUUAGCGAGCAUCGAAAAAGACUGAUUAGAUAAACACGUGCUGCUUUUAAAAGGCUUUUUGUACCUUUUUUUUUUUUUUUUGGUUUGUCUUUGGUCUAAUACUAAAAGUGCAAAUAUUUACAUACACUGCUUAGUUUGAGAAAAUUUGUAGUGAAGAUAAAUUCUAUAUUGCAUUAUUAUUAUUAUUACUACUACUACUUUCAUAUUGAAAUCUAACAGGGCAUUAUAACACGUUAAUACGGCGUUAAUAAGGAGACAUGCCACUUGUCGCGCUUCACCAUAAAGCUGCUAAUAGACAGACAUCAACUCAGUAGGAAUUAAACUGUAUAAUUUAAUAUAAAUGAUUUGGGUUUGGCUUUGAUCCCGAGGUUAAGGCGGAACGGUUGCGAAUGAAUGUUAUUUGAAGGAUGAUGAGUCUUUAUGUGAGUUUGUACAUGUGAGCUGGAGACGUAAUCAAAGCCAUACUCACAAAUGCUGCAUAUCAGCGCUGAUGUAGACUAGGACCAUGCAGAUUCGUUACAGAAGUAAAGCCUUUUCCUGAGCUGGUAAUAUCAAGGGUACCACUAGGACAGGGUUCAUCAACUCAUCGUAAAAGGUAGUUUAAGUGGAGUUCAGAGGAAAGCACGAUCCAUCCUCUUCCACAUACCUGAGCUCACAGACGGUGACGAUUUACUGUCGCCACCAUGACUGACAACAUAGUCAGAGAGUACGCCCCUCCCACCUAAAGAGCCCUGAUUUUGUUUUUCUCCCAGCUUUAAAUCUCUGACAUCAGAAUGUUACAAGUUAAUACAGAGAAGGUUUUUUGUGAAAUCCUGUCACGUUUCCAGGGAGAAGAGGAAUGAACGGCGUACCCUUGAUAGUUCCACUCCAGCGAUAAGGAAAAGCAGCUUAGUUUUGGUAGCUUAAUUUCUGAGUGUAAAAAGGAAAGUGACAUAAAAAAAACCUUGAAGUGUGUGACGCUUAUGAAAAAUAUUAAUUUCCAUAUUUAAAUAAAAUCUGAUUUUAGGUGAUUUCACACUUGGCGUUUUUCCCCCCUCCUCCUCCCGCUCUGUUGUUUAUCACUGCAAUUUAAAUUUUAUGUAAUUUUUUUUUUUUCGUCAUCACACUUAACAGGAAAAUUUACAGAAAAGCACAAUGUGACAUCCUUUUUUUUUUUUUUUUUUUUACCUGGCAACCAAUCAGGGUGCAAAAAAGGAGAACAAUUCUCAUUAGCGAGCAUUUAUGUGAAGAUUCCUUUCAUGAGAUGUUAAAUACGUUGUGAGGUAAAUUCAUGAUGUACGUCACGUGACCUCCCGCGAUUUUGCAAUUCACUGAGGUCAUGAGAUUCUCUAAUUUAAAAUUUUCUGACUCAAAAGCAACAACCUUUUUUUUUUUAACUAUGCUAAGUAGCUAGCUGGUUACAGUGCAUGUUGUAUAAAUCUAAAAAAAGUCAUGCUAACCUAUGACUUGUAAGUUAUUAUUGAUGUAUUGCCAAAUCUCAAGUGAAACCAGUCUGGUCUUUUCACACAUAUUCAGUGGAAAGCGCUAUCUACCCUCUUACCCAUACAUAACUUUAAACGAGAGAACACAGCAGUUUUUCCCUCCACAACAAUCUCCUGUUUCUCCAAUCAUUUUUUUUCCCCUCAAAAGUAAACGCCAAGUGUGAAAGCACCUUUAUAAAACAGUUCAUGUCUGUAUGGAGAUCUAAAAAGGAUAAUUUUUUAAGUUGAUGCUAUGAAGGGAAAAUAAAUGUAAAUUUACAUAUCACUGUAUACAAGAGUCGUACAAAACAAGUGUAUUAGGGCUAACGCUGUACGUUUCGCAUCGACACGCCUGUAAAUGUAGAUAUUAGCCAGAAACCAUAAACAACUAGUGUUAAAUAUCUAUACACAAUAAUCAACAGCACAUCCUAAUAACACUUUUAUUCUAAGAAAAAAAGUCAUGCCAUAACCUCUGAAACACUAAGGUUUAAUCUGUCUUUUUUUGUUGUUGUUCUUGUCAUCCAUCUUGUGCACAAACCGUUUACUUUUUGAUUUAUUGUAUAUACAUGUCUACUUACAUACUUACUCCCUCUUUGAUGCGUUCAAGUCAAACUGGGACUAAAUGGUCCUUUAAUUAUUUUUCUUGGAUCAAUAUAUUCUAAGACAAGACGGUUGUUGUGUUCGUUAACACUUUGCAUUACGAAUGCAGUUCUGUUCAUCCUUCGAACCUUGAGUUUUGUUUCCUCUUGGUGUAAAUUGUUAAAUAAUGUUAAUAGUUAUAAUAUGUGUAUAUUAGAAAUCGACUUGUAUGAUAGAUUUAACUGAAAAGUGAUUUUAAUUGUAACAUACUGUAAUGUAGAGCUGGCUUCUUUGAAACAGUAAAUUAGAUGAUGUAACUAAAAGCUGCGUUUUAUUAGAAACACUUAUCUUUCUAUCAAUGACCACAUUACUUUUUUUCCCCCAAGGAGCGUCAGUGCACAUUCUUACUGUUAACCUGAAGCACGAAUAAAGUUUUUAGAGAGCUUUCGGA